CGGCAGGUUGGUCCUGGAGCAGAUGAGCGCAGAAUAUUUAGGCGAAAGCGCGAGGCGGGGGGAGCGCGGGGCCGGAGGAGUACCUCGGCCAAGAAAAUUAUGCAUGCGUUAGGGAAGCUCUGAGAGAAUGGCUGUGGAAGCUCUCCACUGCGGCUUGAAUCCACAAGGUAUUGAUCACUCUGCCCAUGCUGAAGGUAUUAAACUACAAAUUGAAAGUGAAGGUGUUGAAUCUCAAUCCAUUAAAAACAAAAAUUUCCAGAAGGUGCUUGACCAAAAAGGAACCCCCAAGCGAUUACCGGCAGAAGCUGAGACAGCUAAGUCGGCUACGGUGAAGCUGUCAAAGCCAGUGGCUCUGUGGACUCAGCAGGAUGUCUGCAAGUGGCUGAAGAAACAUUGUCCAAAUCAGUAUCAGAUCUACAGUGAGUCAUUCAAACAGCAUGACAUAACUGGGCGGGCCCUGCUGAGACUUACUGACAAGAAGCUUGAGCGAAUGGGGAUUGCUCAGGAGAACCUCCGGCAGCACAUUUUACAGCAGGUGCUUCAACUGAAGGUACGAGAAGAAGUCAGAAACCUACAGUUACUCACCCAAGCCUCAACUGAGGGUUCUCCAUAAACGUGGUUAGCCUUCCAAGCUGCUGUCCUGCCAGGUGACAUGAACAUGGCCUGUUGCUCACAGAAAGACUAAAUCAUGGCACUGCCAGAAGAUAUCUUUGGAGUAUGAACAGAUUAACCAGAUUAAUGGAAACACCCAUUCAGUCAAGAUUAUGGGCUUUGGAAAAAUCUUAGUUUGCUGUGGAUCUUUAAAUGAGGUGCAUAAGAGGCAGUGCCAAGCUGUUCCAAAUGGUCAUUGGCAGACCAUUAGCUGGAAAACCGCUUCCAGUUUUCAUCACUGUGCGUAACUCCAGCUCCCUUUGGGAAGCUGUCUGUGCCCUUCACUAGAAGUCCUGUUUCAGCAUGGCAACUACUGGAUGAUCUCAUUAUGUGCACAGAUGGCAUGAUGUGCUAGAAAAAAAUCACAACAGUUCUGCAGUUCCAGUGGAAGUGUUCACAAUGCUAUGUGCUGGUAGGAAUGUAACAUGUCUCAAUGAUGUUAGUUAUGACGUCUAAAGGUAUUCUGUCCAACUCUUAAGCACUUUAUUAUGAGAACACUACACCAAAACAAAUCAGCGCGUUCGGUACAUGUGAGAAAGCAAGUAUUUUCUUUUUUCUUUUAUGAAUCUUGUCCUAUUUCUGGCUCAGACUGUCAAAGACAAAUCCCACUUUUAGCACACCCCCAGUGAUUUGGGGUAGAUUGGUGUAAAUAUGGCCACAAUACUGUUAGACUUAACCUCUUGCUACUUUACUGGACAACUGGAUUCCUUGUAGCACCAAAGGGAAGUAGAGGUGGGCCUGGUGAUUUUAAUAUCUUAAUCUUGGUUCCAUGUACCUGGGCACAACCUGCCACACCCACACACAAAUACUCAGACACAGGAGGCUUGUGCUUGGCCAGUGCACAUACACUCUCAUUCUAUAGAAGAGUUCUCUCAAGGAAGAAAAGCUGAGGGGGGAUGGCCUUUUAAUCAAAGACCACGGUGAGCUGAUGGGAAGGGCAGCAGAAUGCAGCUUCCCUGUGUGGUUUGAUGCUAAGGCUCUGGAGAACUUCCUGAGUCAAGUUUAAAUCCCAACUCACUUAAAGAGAGAAAUCAGCAAGUGACCCCCUGCAUGCCUAGGAAAGGAGAAAUGUCCAAUCCCACAUUAGGUUCCUUCCUCAGGAGAGAACCUACUAGUCCCUUUUUAAUCCUUUUUGGGAUUAUAUCCACAACUGAUUUUGGUUUUUUUACUAUGUUUUACAACAAAGCACAGUCCUGGUAAAGCAGUCAGUCCAGUAUUGCUUGUCUUCAGGCAUUAGAGAAAUGUCUAUACUCUCUGACCCUACAUAAUGCUUUAGCACUUUUUUCCUGAAAGUAUAAAGUUUGCUGAGUCAAAAACUCGACAGACUGUGUUCUGUGUGCCUGCGCUCCCAGGGACUGGCAGGCAUUGGAGGCUUUUAUUUAAAUACCUAUAACAACUCUGGGACCCUGCCAGCACAAGCAAGCUUGGCAUGUUAGGGCAUCUCCAAACACACACACACACACAUAUAUGCACAUUGUCUUCUCUCCGCACAUCUUGCCUCCCCUCGGGGGGUCUCAAGAAAUGCACAGCCCGUUGGAAGACACCCCCACUUGAGAUUUGGAAAGCUAGCAGGGGAAGAGAGAGAGUGUGUGAUUUGGGUGGUUUGGGUGAGAUACUCAGUAGGAUGACUCACCACAGCCUGGCAGGCUCUCAUGCCAAAUGGGGCUUAGAGGGAACUCAGGAGUUUCAGUCAUCACUGAAAUCUGGCCCUUCAGUGAAUUAGCACCACUACCAUAAGGCCCUCAGCAGACCAUAAAUCUUUGCAAAUCCAGAAUUAGGAGGCCAAAUCCUUGCUGCCACGACUCCUGACUCCACAGCCCACCCUCCUGAGUUUCAGUUCCAACAACAGGGCUGCUUCCUCCUUCUUUCAUUCCUUCCUUUGUUCAGCAAGCAUUUGCUUAGCGCCUACUACAUGCCAAGCAUUGUACUGGGACACCUGUGUACAAGGCAACUUUCCAUGCCGUUAUGAAAUAAAAUCUCCACCCCCCAAACACUAUCCCCACCCCACUUUUCUACAAUGAAAACUGAGUUCAGAUAGCAUUUGAGUAACCUGAGAAAAUGCACAUGGCAGCAAGCAGCUCCCUUGCCUGAAGAAGUGGACAGAGGAGAAAGGGGUAGCGGAUGGCAUCAGACCACAUCAUCGCACCGUUCGUGUUCGUUCGGCCCUUCCAGGGCCCCAGUUUUGCUGGUUAGAGCCUCCCAAAGUUGUUUUCCUUGACAUCUUCCCUGAUUCCCUAUAUUCCCAGACACAACCAUUCAUCAUUAUGCUGAAGUCUGAAGUUCCAAUUCUGUACCUCAUCCUGAGGACACAGAAUGGGGCCUGAUAAAUCCAAUAGAAUGACCGCCACGCGCUGAGACAGUGUGUCUGGGAAUUAGUUGGCUUAGCCAGGGUCAUCCCGGGACCACUUCUAACACCCUUGGCAAACUGGCCAAGCUUUACAGUGCAGAUGCUCAUUAAAUGGUAUCAGGUGGUACACCCUUACUGCCUUUGGCUUUUGCAAAAUACAUUCUGAUCAAUGAAAGAAGUAGAAUUUCCUAGGCUUUUUUUUUUUUUGUCAAAAAUAGGCUAGAAAAUUAUUAAAAGAUGAUGGUGAAGAUGCAGAUGGCAGAAGGCAAAUUCAGAAAUGACAAAGAGCCCAGUUAAAGAUGGCUUCUCUAAAAAUGCCUUAAUUCCCGGCAGGCACCACUCAUUUGCAUAAGAACUACUACUGUUUUCCAAACUAUCGACCUCUGUUUGAAAUCAUUUUGGGGAUAGUUUUGGACACAUGGUGGCAUAAAAUCUGAGCAGUUAUAAGCUAAACCAGCAAAAUAGAGAAACAAUUUCAUUCGCACCCUUUGAAUUCUUUGUUACAUGUUGAUCCACAGUGCCCCGGAGUUAACUCCUGGGAUCCUGUACCUUCUUCCCAAUACGUGUGGAGGACAUUUUACCUCCCUGAAGUUCAGAAAUGGCUGUAGUGAGUUUUGUUUAGUAGAAAUUAGGAGACUGGGUGGUAAGGGAUAAAUAUUUUGAUAUCUAAGGGCUGUAAACUAUUGAUGCUUAACUUUCCCUUUUCCUUAAACCUGCGCUAUACCUUUUAUUAAAAGGCUGACGCCCACACUUGUGCAGGAAAGGCACUCUUGGGAAGGAACAGAAAUGAAUAAUUAUCAGACUCUCGGGGGUGCCAAGGGGAUUAGCUUGUUCCGGCUCCAGAACUGAAUUUAAAUACGCAGAGCUUCAGUGGUUCUGCUAGGGUAAAAAGCGAAUCACUUCAGGAGUUUAAAACAUACUUAGGGGGAUAGAGGCCCUAUCAACUUUCUUGUGGGUAAUGGUGUACCUUCCAGUCCCUGCUUAGGCUCUGUGAGGUGUGUAACAGCACAUUUGCUUUCUACCUCCAGAACACAACACAGUAAACAACUCGUGGUUCUCUCCCGUCCCUUCUCUGUUGCCCAGACAGAGGCUAACAGUCCUGAGUGGUGAGGAAGUUCUGCCAUUUUUAACAUUCAAGGGGAAAAGGAAUGUCAACCUUACUGGGAUAAUAAAAACUAUGGAUUAAAAUCGCUAAUGGAUGUA